UGUAUGCUUGUCAUUGGAUGUGAAUUUGCUUCAAAGGUGGUUCUGCAAUAUCCUCGUUGGUGUACAGUUUGCUGAGAAAACGGACGGUUGAUAUGACAGUAUUUCCCUCUGACACAGGUAGCAAUUGGACCCAGUAGAAGCGAAAGCCACCACCAUGUAUUCGGAAUGGAGGUCUCUGCACCUGGUGGUGCAGAGCGACCUAGGCCACCUGAGUGUCCUUCACUCGUACCCUCCGGUGGUGGGGCGCGACGUGGCCAAUGCAGUGGUUAGACCUCUGGGGGUGACCCUGGGCACCCCGUCCACUGACAGCCUGCUCAAGACCGACAAAGAGGUGAAAUGGACGAUGGAGGUGCUGUGCUACGGUCUGACCCUGCCUCUGGACGGGGACACAGUCAAGCUGUGCGUGGACGUCUACACGGACUGGAUUAUGGCGCUGGUGUCUCCGCGCGACUCCAUCCCCCAGCCAAUCGCCAAGGAGCCCAACCUCUACGUGCAGACCAUCCUCAAACACCUCCACAACCUCUUUCUGCCCAGGCCGGAGCAUUACAGCCCCAUGCACUUCCGGCUGUGCCAACAGGUGCUGACGGCGGUGCAAAAGCUGGCCAGGGAAUCGGGCGGCGGCAUGGCCCGGGAGACCUGGGAGGUGCUGCUGCUCUUCCUGCUGCGCAUCAACGACACCCUGCUGGCCCCGCCCACAGUCGGAGGUGGAAUAGCGGAGAAGCUGGCUGAGAAGCUGAUCAGCGUGCUGUUCGAGGUGUGGUUCCUGGCCUGCAUGCGCUGCUUCCCCACACCGCCCUACUGGAAGACGGCCAGGGAGAUGCUGGCCAACUGGAGGCACCACCCGCCCGUGGUGGAGCAGUGGAGCAAGGUCAUUGCCGCCCUCACCUCCAGACUGUUGCGGUUCACCUACGGUACAUCCUUCCCUCCGUUCAAAGUCCCAGAUGAGGACGCCAACAUGAUCCCUACUGAGAUGGACAACGACUGUGUGGCUCAGACCUGGUUCCGCUUUCUGCACAUGCUCAGUAACCCGGUGGACCUGAGCAACCCGCUGUCGGUCAGCUCCACGCCAAAGUUCCAGGAGCAGCUGCUGGGGGUGAGCGGCGUGCCCCAGGAGGUGAUCCAGCAGCACCCCUGUCUCAAGCAGCUGCCCCAGAUCUUCUUCAGGGCGAUGCGGGGGGUCAGCUGCCUGGUGGAUGCCUUCCUGGGUGUCUCCCGUCCUCGGUCGGACAGUGCCCCGCCCACCCCUGUCAACAGACUGAGCAUGCCGCCGCCCACCACCAACACCACGCCCCCUCACAGCCGCCGCCACAAACCCACAGGGGUCACAAAGACGGCCAGUAAAACCUCAACGGCGAGCAUAACACACCAACCCAAAGUGUCCCAACAGCCGUCUUCCACCUCCCCCCUGUCCAGCCCCAACCAGACCAGCUCGGAGCCCCGGCCGCUGCCCGCCCCCACCAGGCCCAAGGUCAACAGUGUCCUCAACCUGUUUGGCCAGUGGCUUUUUGACGCCGCGCUGGUGCACUGCAAGCUCCACACGGGCCUGAGCCGGGACAACAGCAUGACUGCCCUGGCCACUCAGACGGGAGUGGAGCUGAGGAGGAAGGGCUCCCAGAUGUCCACAGACACCAUGGUGUCCAAUCCCAUGUUCGACGCCAACGAGUUCCCCGACAACUACGAGUCGGGCCGGGCCGAGGCCUGUGGGACCCUCUGUAGGAUCUUCUGCAGCAAGAAGACUGGCGAGGAGAUACUGCCCGUUUAUCUGUCCAGGUUCUACAUGGUUCUGAUCCAGGGCCUCCAGAUCUCCGACUACAUCUGCCGACCGGUGCUGGCCAGCAUCAUCCUCAACUCCUCAGCCCUCUUCUGCUCCGACCUUAAGGGCAUCAAUGUGGUGGUCCCCUACUUCAUCUCAGCUCUGGAGAACAUCCUCCCUGACCGAGAGCUGUCAAAGUUUAAGACCUACGUGAACCCAACUGACCUGAGGAGAGCCUCAAUUAACAUCCUGCUGUCCAUGCUGCCUCUGCCACACCACUUUGGCAAGGUCAAGUCAGAGGUGCUCUUGGAGGGCAAAUUUAGCAAUGAUGACAACUCGCUGCAUGACAAGGCCGUCACCUUCCUCUCCCUCAAGCUGCGAUUGGUCAACAUCCUAAUAGGAGCCCUACAGACGGAGACGGACCCCACCAACACGCAGAUGAUCCUGGGUGCCAUGCUCAACAUUGUCCAAGACUCUGCUCUCCUGGAGUCCAUCGGUGCCCAAGCGGAGGUGGGCAGUGUGGACGGCAGCCAUGCGCUGGCCAAGAGCCACAGCAGGAACAACAGUGGCAUCAGCAACGCCAGCGGGGGCAGCUCUGAGGCCACCACCCCCGACAGCGAGAGGCCCGCCCAGGCCCUCCUCAGAGACUAUGCUCUCCACACAGAUACAGCCGCCGGCCUGCUGAUCCGCAGCAUCCACCUGGUCACCCAGAGGCUCAACUCCCAGUGGAGGCCCGACAUGAGCAUCUCCCUGGCCGCCCUGGAGCUGCUGGCCGGCCUAGCCAAGGUGAGGGCGAGUGUGGAGUCUGCGGACCGUAAACGUGCGGUCAGCUCGGUGUGCAGUUAUAUUGUGUAUCAGUGCAGCCGGCCAGCCCCCCUCCACUCCCGAGACCUGCACUCUAUGAUCGUGGCGGCCUUCCAGUGCCUGUGUGUGUGGCUGACGGAGCACCCCGACAUGCUCAACGAAAAGGACUGUUUGAUAGAGGUGCUGGAGAUUGUGGAGCUGGGCAUAUCAGGCAGUAAGUCUAAGACCGGUGACCAGGAAGUGAGGUACAAAGGGGACAAGGAGCACAAUCCGGCCUCCAUGAGGGUGAAGGAUGCUGCCGAGGCCACCCUGUCAUGCAUAAUGCAGGUCCUGGGGGCGUUCCCGUCACCCAGUGGCCCCGCCUCCCCCUGCAGCCUGCUGAACGAGGACACCCUGAUCAAGUACUCCAGGCUGACCUCUACCAGCCGCAAGAACUUCCGCUACUUCGUCCUAGACAACUCGGUCAUCCUGGCCAUGCUGGAGCAGCCGCUGGGCAACGAACAGACAGAUCCCUGUCCGUCCGUGACCAUGUUGAUCAGGGGGAUGUCUGGGAGACAUGCCUGGACCAUGCAGCUCUUCCACCAGCCCAGGGGGGCCCGUGCCAGCCAGAAGCAGGUAUUUCUCCCAGAGAGUCGACCCACUCCUAAAAAUGAUGUGGGGAUCCGGUUAAACGUCAAACACAGACCCUUCCCGGAAGAAGUGGACAAAAUUCCUUUUGUGAAAGCAGACCUGAGCAUUCCGGACCUACACGAUAUCCUAGAUAAGGAGCUGGAGAUGCAGCACGACAAGCUGCGAGGCGUGAUGGCCAAGCAGAUCGAGUACGAGACGACGCUGGAGCACAGCAGCGAGGAGCGCUGGGGCAACAAGAGCUUCCCAGACUCGCUGACGGACUGCAAGCCCCCGUCUCCCUCGCAGGAGUUCCAGACGGCACGCCUCUUCCUUUCGCACUUUGGCUUCCUGUCACUGGAGGCACUCAAGGAGCCCGGCAACAGUCGCCUACCUCCCCACCUGAUUGCACUGGACUCUGGGUUGCCGGGCUUCUUUGACGACAUGAGCUACCUGGACCUGCUGCCCUGCCGGCCCUGUGACACCGUCUUCCUCUUCUACAUGAAGGCCGGCCAGAAGAGCAGCCAGGAGAUCCUGAGAAACGUGGAGUCAAGCUCCAACGUGCAGCAUCACUUCCUGGAGUUCCUGAUGUCACUGGGCUGGCCUGUGGAGGUGGGGCAGCACCCGGGCUGGACGGGCAGCGUCUACACCAGCUGGUCCAUCAACAACAACAACAACAGCAACAAUAAUGGAGACAGCAGCCCACCAGAUGAUACUGUCACCCUGGGAGACACGGGCGGGGGCGUGUUCAAUGGAGAGAAGCAGGUGCUGUACUAUGCCGACGCCCUGACCGAGAUCGCCUUUGUCGUUCCCUCGCUCACAGACUCCUCCGCGGAGUCGUCGGAGAGCAGUUUCCCCACGGGGGACUCUGACUCUCAGAUGGAACUGCUGCCCAGCCUGCUGAAACAGUCCAACCUCACACUGGAGCUCUUCCCCAACCACUCGGACAACGUGGCCCCCGCACAGAGGAGUCCUACAGUGAAGUCUAAGACGAUGCCUCCCGGCAGGACCAUCCCUCCAAUGGGACCAGAGACCAAAGUACUGGUGGUCUGGGUGGAGCGCUACGAUGAUAUUGAGAACUUUCCCCUGGCCGACCUGCUGGGCGAGACGAGCACUGGAGUGGAAACCACGGCUAACAGUAGCGCCUCAACAAGACCCACAACGUCCGGUCAGGAUGUGCAGGUGAUCUUCAUCCACCCUCUGAGGACGGGCCUGUUCCGGAUCCGGCUGCACGGGGCCCAGGGCAAGUUUAGCAUGGUCGUCCCCCUGGUGGACGGCAUGGUGGUCAGCAGGAGGUCACUAGGGUUCCUGGUAAGGCAGACGGUGAUCAACGCGUGCCGGCGCAAGCGGCUGGAGAGCGACUCGUACAACCCGCCGCACGUGCGUCGGAAACAGAAGAUCGCUGAGGUGGUGAACCGCUACCGCAACAAGCAGCUGGAGCCCGAGUUCUACACCGCACUCUUCCAGGAGGUCGGCGAGAGCAGCCUCAACCGUGACCCCACCACCGGUGAACUUUGAACUUUCACCUCCCUUCCCUACACAGGGAGAGACUGUCACAAGGGACUGCAAAGAUUCUAUAUAUUUAUACAACUUUUCUCUUCUUCUUUACUUCGUUAUUUAUAUUAUCAGCACUUGGUGGCCACGUUCCAAGUCGACUAGAGGUCGACAAUUAAAAAAUGUUCUAUGUUGAGUCACCGCAGCCACGGCAGCUGCCAUCUUUGUUUUUUCCCACCCCGCGCUGCAACACUGCUCAUCUGCAACUUACUCUAGUUCUACCCAAGCCUUGUAGGACUCUUUGAUGGGGUCUGGUUGUGGCACUAACCUCACCUGGCUGUGAGGCGUCAGACUUGGGCAAAGGAAGCACCUUAGCUGUGAGGAGAGGGUAUCUGCUUAAACAACUAACUAUAAACUUGUGACGCGGCACAUGGCAAAGCGAUUGCCAUCGGCGCUCAAUACAAAAUGGCUUCCACUCUAUGGCUGUGACUAGUUCCCACCGCCAUCUCACUGCGGUAUUUCAAGUCCGAUUCUUCAGUUUGCUUUUCUAUGAAAUGCAUCAGUCUUGUCCAUUUUCCCAUAUCUAACAGUUUUUUUGUUUAUUAUGUUGGCCUGGAAUGGAAAAGAGAGGUCAAAACAUCCAACUUUUUAAUUUGACUAAACAACGACACUACAAAAACUAAUAUUGACAAAACUCAAAUCUCACUUCAGUAAAUUGUCAUUUUUGACUUCGCUAGUAAUUUGGAUUCUCUCUUCCCACAUACAUAAUUGUACCAGUUAGUUCAAGUGUGGAAUUCUGCUUUUACUUUAAAUCUCAGGUAGUUUGAGCCUUUUAUAUUAAUCGGCAUCUGGGUUGUGUUCAUUAUUAUCAAAUGUAUACUAAAAUAGGGAGAGACUACCAAAACUUGUGUGUUUUCCAUUGCACAGCGUUUUGCUAGUGUGCCCUAAUGAAUGUGACCCUGGUAAUGUACUCAAUGCACUCCCAACCAACUGUGACUAGGGUCUGGUUUCAAUGAUGUACUCUUUUGGCAUUGAGGAAAUACGACACUGCCUACGCCACUACUUUAUCCGUUUGAAUAAAAUACAAAAUAGUAGCUAGCAAGAUGGAGAUCAUGGAGGUCAUUUUUAAUGAGUGCAUUUCACAAGUGGCUAGUUUGCAUCAACUACCUUAAUUAAAACCCUUGCAAAGAUGUUGCCUGCCAACUGGUUUUGAAUUGCGACAUUCUGGCAUGUCUGCCUCGUCAUUUUUUGGGAGAGUCCCCAGAUAUCAUUUUAUUUUCUUAUCGACAUAGGCAGUGACGUACAGUAGUUCCUCUAUGCCGAAAGAGUCAAUCAUUAAAACCAGACCAUAGUCACUGUGUUGCCUAGGGUCGGGUUUUCGAGACUAACAAGCUGACCUUUUAGUGCAUUCUUUGUUUCAGCUCUCUGUUCCUUGCACUCUAAAACGUGUGGCAUUUUACAUUCGCUGAAGCUGAUGGUAGUCUCGAUAUGGAACUUCAGGAAGUCAAAAUCGCUGAUGGAUUAUACUUUCUUUAGUAUGGAUUUGAAAAUGAAAUCCUUAAUUGGUUUGUUUCUUUCCAUAUCAGAUAAAAAUGCAAAAUAUGUAUACAUAUAAAACACAUUUUGAUUGGUGAUAUUAAAGGUGAGUUUCAGUU